AUGAGCUCCAAUAACCAACACCCUCCUACACCCUCAUCCUCCGGCCUCCCCCACUCCUCAACUUCGAAUUCACACCUCGACUCAAAUGCGCAGCUCGGAAACAACGGAUACGCACCCAACGACAACCAGCUUGCCGGAUUAGUUGAAGCCGCAACAGCCGCCGCAGACCAAGAUGUCUCGCAAUGGGCAACGGCAGAAGCAAUUGCCACAGCUGCCGGUGCAGCCGGCCAUCACCACCAGCUCGAAGCAUACGGCGCAGAUAUGCAUCUCGGUGACGACAGUUUCGGUGAUGCGAGCUUCGCUGCUCCCAUCAGUAGCUCAAGACAAAUGAGAGCACCCAGUCACAAUGAGCACCAAUCGCCAGGCCUCACACGAACAGCCACUAAAAAGCGCAAGCGCAACGACAGUAACCUUGACCCGGCCUUGGCGGGUGCUGGCCUGGCUGCUGCGCAACACCAGGCACAGUCCCAGCAAACCCCACAUGGGUAUACUGGAGAGGGCAUGGACAUCCGCGCCGAGCAACCUCAGUCAUUGUCCGAUGCCCGGGCCAUCGGCGUUCACUCUGCUGCUGCAUUGUUCCGCCAGCCGUCCACUAAUAAAAAGUACACUCGGCCUCCGAUCUCGAAGAUGUUUACCUCGCUUGAGAUAUCACCGGAGAAUUUCUUGCAUCUGCAGGCUGCCGCGAAAAACUACAUGUUAAAUGAUGAGUAUCCCGAAAGACGGGAUUGUGUUGGCCAGCGCGGAAAGGGAGAUACUGAGAUGGUCAAGCUCCGUCUCUGGAACUGUGUUCGCCAAUUCCUUGAAGCAGAAGGCCACGGUGAGCGCUUUUUCGGAGAGAACGUCGUAAAUGAGGGCAUGGGCCCGAGAAAUUAUAUCUGGCCGCGAGACCAGCACAAGAUCAUCUCAUUAGUCAUUCCCCUGCUUCGAAGAAUGGUUACAAAUGAAAGACAACGCCAAUACGCCAUCGAGACCCGAAAGGGCGGCGGCUCAGAUGGACGACGUCGCAAAACGGAGGACUUUUCGAGCCUAAACAGUCCGCGCUUUUCGCCUGAUCAAACAUUCCAAUCGCAACAGGCACAUCGCGAUGAUCUGUCACAAUCAAUGCCUCCGCCCCCACACCCACUACAGCCAUCAAUUGAUCCGCCCCAACCUAUGGACCUCGGUUUGACAGACCUUUUCUUGGAAGGAUAUACUGUAGACUGGGAAGAGAUCGCCCGCUCUUACGAUAACUACAACCAAAGCUUUGAACUCGAUAACCUAUGGUCUCUCUCCGGUCUUCAGCAACCAGAUUGGCGCGGUCUCGUCGCCGCGGUCGACAGUCAUUACCAAGUAAUUCACAGCGGGGAUUUCAAUUGUCCACCAGCCUGUGAAGAUGAAAAUAUCAACCGUAUCAUUCACACUGAAACUGCUUCCUCUCUUAACUGGCGAGUCGGCGGAGGUCGCAAUCUCGAUUUCGCAAGCGGUAUCACCCGCGACGUCUCCCGCAUAAUCCGCGAGACCAUCUCCGCCCGUCACGGGCACCCUCACCAAGAAGAACCCCACUACCACCAUACUCCCUUCGCUCCUCUGCCUGAAAACACGCAACAGCAAACCUCCCUCCGCGUCAACAUCCUGCAAGGCGGAAAGCGCAUUCUCCCCAGGUUAGACCUUCCAGCCGCCCAAUAUCCCAGCAUCGAUACCCUCAAGCAAGCUGUUCUCCGUCGUUUCCCAGGUCAGAUCCCCGGGCUAUUUACAGAGGGCAACGCUGCUGCGCAGGAGGCGCGUGAGUCUGCGGCUGCGGCUGCGUGGAAGGUUGAGGUUUGGCUUCCAGAAGGGUUGGUCCCUGUUCGUACUCAGAAGGAUUGGACUAUUGCGCUUCUUUCAGCUGAUACAGUUGAUUGGAUGGAUGGAGAUUUGAAGGUCCUCAUUGAGACGGAGUAG